UUUUUUUUUUUUUUUCGUGUGUGUGUGAUUAUACAUAUAGGUAGCUCGGUUCUUAUUUGUAUAUAAGUAUACACAUAUACUAUAUAGUGUGUGUCCUCUGUAUUGAGUUAACCAAGAGAAAUUUAGCUUAGGAGAUCACAAAUCAUCAAGAAUUGAAAUGGGUAUGUGUUAAAAUUUCCUCUUUGGUUCUUGUGCUCUGUUUCCUUUCAGGAUUUGUGUUUCUAUUACUGGGUGGCAGUGAUUUUGGGAUGUGUUAAUUCUUUUAAGUUGUUAAUUUUAGUUGUAGUUGUUUACAGUUUAUGGGUUUUUGGCCAAUGAUUUGAUUAGUGUUUGUUUUAUGGUUUCUGUGAUAUUAAUUGAAACUUUCCCUCUCCUCUCUCUCUUUCUCUGUCUCUCUCUGCCUGCUUUUUGCUCUGGUUUCAAUGGCUUUAUGGAGGUCAACAUGAGCUUUUCUCAUGAUAUGGAUGAUGAAUACGAGAAACUCUUUAGAAGAUUGAACCCACCCAGGGUUGUGAUUGAUAAUGAAUCCUGCAAGAAUGCUACUGUCAUAAGGGUGGACAGCGCAAACAAACAUGGAAUACUUCUUGAAGUUGUACAAGUCCUUACUGAUCUUAACCUUAUAAUAACUAAAGCUUACAUAUCUUCUGAUGGUGGUUGGUUUAUGGAUGUUUUCAAUGUUAGGGAUCAAGAUGGAAACAAGAUUAUUGAUGAAGCCAUUCUAGAUUAUAUUCGAAAGUCUUUGGGGCCAGAAUCAUGCUUUAUAUCUUCAAUGAGAUCUGUUGGGGUUAAACCAUCUACGGGCCACACUGCAAUUGAGCUAACGGGAAGUGAUAGACCAGGAUUGCUAUCUGAAGUAAGUGCUGUCCUCACCCACCUAAAAUGCAGUGUGGUUAAUGCAGAGGUCUGGACACAUAAUACAAGGGCUGCAGCUGUUAUGCAAGUAACUGAUGAGGAAACUGGGUCUGCAAUUACAGAUCCAGAAAGGUUAUCUAGAAUUAAGGGACUUCUUUGUAAUGUACUUAAGGGUAGUAACAAAUCUAGAGGGGCUAAGACUGUGGUUUCUCAUGGGGCCACUCAUACUGAGAGAAGGCUUCACCAGAUGAUGUUUGCUGAUAGGGAUUAUGAAAGAGCUGAUGAUGAUGUAUUGGAUGAGAAGCAAAGGCCUAAUGUGAGUGUAGUUAAUUUAUAUGAUAAGGACUACUCAGUGGUAACCAUAAGGAGUAAAGAUAGGCCAAAACUUCUUUUUGAUACGGUCUGCACUUUGACAGACAUGGAGUAUGUUGUUUUUCAUGCCAAUAUUGAUGCCGAGGGGCCAGAGGCUUAUCAGGAAUACUAUAUCAGACAUAUAGAUGGAUCACCUGUUAAAUCGGAUGCUGAAAGACAAAGGGUGAUACAAUGCCUUGAAGCAGCAAUUGAGAGAAGAGUAUCUGAGGGCUUGAAGCUGGAACUAUGCACUACAGACAGAAUUGGGCUGCUAUCAGAUGUCACUCGCAUAUUUCGAGAAAAUAGCCUUACAGUCACUAGAGCAGAAGUGACAACAAGAGAUGGCAAAGCUCUCAACACAUUUUAUGUUCGCGAUGCAUCAGGAUAUCCUGUGGAUGCUAAAACCAUAGAUUCCAUUCGGCAAGUAAUUGGCCAGACCAUACUUAAGGUGAAAGGCAACCCUGAGGAGGUAAAACAAGUAUCUCAAGAAUCACCCACUAGAUUUCUUUUUGGUGGUCUUUUCAAGUCAAGAUCUUUUGUCAACUUUGGAUUGGUUAGGUCCUAUUCUUGAAUUAGAUUUUAGCUCACUUCCCAUGUAUAUUAAAACCCUUUAGCCAUAAACUCUACCAGAAAUUUCAGGCCUUUUUAGCAUAUGUGUGACUUAAAAGUUUAGGAACAAAGCAAAAUUUGUCAAAGAAGCUUGGAAAAAGCUAUAGGGAGAAAAGUAGAAGCGCUUGUAAAUUUACCUCUAGCCUUUUGAUUAAGCUUCAAUUUGUUAAAAUGGAUCCAAUCUUUUGUUGGAGCCAUUAAAUCAACUGUUGAGUUUCAACUCUUGUACAUAAUUAAUCUCAUGUUUUCUCUCAACUAUUUAGCAA